UGAUUGGUUAUUAUCCGGGGACCAUUUGAUUAGAUUUUGGGAUCGAUCGGGUCAAAGGUCAAGGUCAUGAAAAGGUCAAAAUCUGUCUGAAUCGCAUGGAAUUUGGUGGGAUGAUUGGUUAUUAUCCGGGGACCAUUUGAUUAGAUUUUGGGAUCAAUCGGGUCAAAGGUCAAGGUCAUGAAAAGAACACUAAUGCGUACAAGUUGUGUUCAGGACAUUGAAAACAUAUCAUCAUGUGAAUUUGAUGUUUUCCCAGUUGUCCCCAAUGAAUUAGGAAAAGUCAUGAAAUAUGAAGCAAAAGACAUGAUGUCCAUCAUUUCUUUAGAGACGUUAAACAUUAAAUGUGGUCAAAUUGACCCCAAAGGUAACAGGAGGGUUAAUAGCUACUUUCUACUUGACAUCUAUCUUUGCUCCGCUUGGCUCAUGGCGACCCAUUUGAACACUCUUUGAGUCGCGUGUCAUUCCACACUCCAGUAACAGUAUGCACUUUAUAUCACUAUAAAGUUAGAAAACAGACCGGGUCAUGUGUUAGCCAACCUCAUACACUAAUUAUUCUUUUAUUGUUAUUGUUGGCUUCUUCUUAUAGCUGGAGAUAUUAUCCUCUUUUUUUGUGUGCUCAUAAUUUUAUGAAUUUUCAUCCUGCACCGAAUAACCUCUGAGGAUUUCCCGCUGUAAAUGGUAAUCGCCCCUCCGGCAGCCUGAAUGGAAGGAUUGUGACUGUAAAGACUGAUGUACAGCAGGAGAGCUUCGAUAACGGCUGCGGCAGAUCCUCGGCUCUCCUCGGUGCCGGGCCUGAGGUGUUCAGCUGAUAAAAGGACUUACUUAUACCUCCACUUUAUUACCCGCGGAUCAGAGUAUACGAUCAUGAAACGGUUUUUCCUGUUGGGGAAAACAUUUGCGGAAUGUGUGAACAGAUUGAGUUUGCCGUUUGAGUUGAGCACACAGACCCCGACCGUUUUGGCUUCGGCGCAGUACACUGGCACAACACUCACACACUAAAAGUAAGCGCCUCAGCCCACAGGAAGCUGUAGAAUAUCAACUUAAAGUGUUGACCGUAACUUACGCAAACACACACUUAUCAUUACCCUUUGAGAGACGAAGGGUUUGCUUUUAUGGACACAUAAUUAGAACUAGAACGGGCACUCGGUAGAGCGCAUACCUUCGCAUAUCACAAGAUUGGGCAUUGAGUUAUGAACAUUUUGGCAUUAGUUGCAUGCCAAUUGGAUACAAAUUGACCGUGCUAUGGUAAAAAGAAGAUUUUGACCUUUUCAUGACCUUGACCCGAUCGAUCCCAAAAUCUAAUCAAAUGGUCCCCGGAUAAUAACCAAUCAUCCCACCAAAUUUCAUGCGAUUCGGUUUAAUACUUUUUGACUUAUGCGAAUAACACGUACGCACGCAUACAAAUAAAUACACGGCGAUCAAAACAUAACCUUCUGCAUUUUCAAUGCGAAGGUAAUAAAGCUUUAUUUUUCUUCUCACCUCUUAGGUUCAACCAUCCUGACGCCAUUUGUGUGACAUGGAGCCAGACGAGGACCUAAACCCCGACACGGACGACCUUCCGCUCCGAGCCAAUACCAACCACAUACUUGUCAGACAUUACGUGCUGGACCUGGCGGUCCAUUUCGACAGGAAGGUCAUCAGCGGCAGCGUCGUUCUGUUCCUGGAGCCUCGCUCUGAGACUAAAGAGGCCGGAGUGAGACGGGGUGCAUUCGAUGCGGAGGAAUGCCUCGGGGAGACUCCGACAGCGACGGAGAAGAAGCUCGGUGCGAGAGAAAGAGACGCGCCCGAAUGUCAGCCGCACACUGCAGCCAAAGCCGGAAGUAUUCAGUCUUCACAUUUGUGGGAAACCACCAGCGACGGGGAUUUCACCCUGUUGCUGGACUGCUGCGACCUCGACGUGUCAAAGGUGGAGGAGGUGGCCGUCGCCUCUGCGUCGGCCACGUCCGGCCUCCUGCCAGAGGUCGAGUCCGAGAGGUCGGCCGUCGGCUCGCUGCGUUUCCACACGGACCGGUGGAGCCUGCAGGUGAGGAAGAAGGGGGUCGCGUCGCCCCAGGCGUUCCCCCGUGCUCUCAGGAUCCGCUACGAGACGAGGCCGGCAGGAGGCUCCGUGAGGUGGACCGAAGACCAGGACAACAGGGUGUGUGUUUACACUGCCGGCUCUCCCAUCAACAACAGAGCUCUCUUCCCCUGCCAGGAGCCGCCGGUUGCCAUGUCAACGUGGCAGGCAACAGUGCGGGCCCCCAGUGAGUGUGUGGUUUUGAUGAGCGGGGAGGAGCCCGCCGAGCCCAUGGAGGAUGAGGACACACGCUCCUUAAUCUGGAAUUACUACGUCACCAUGCCCAUGCCCGCCUCCACCUUCACCUUGGCAGUGGGCCACUGGCGCCAAGUCCUGGCGGAAAACCCUGCGGCGUCGGACAGGGUCGCGAGGGACGAGACGGAUUGUGGCGGGACGGCUACACUCGGGGCUGGACCUGGGGAACGGGCCCGGGCUGACCUUCUGUCUGGACCCAGCUCCAUCAGUGAAGUCGUAAAGGGCUCUCCAGUCAGGACUGGCAGCUCCGACUCUGCAUUCUGCGGCUCGUCGCUCGAGGAUGAGGGUCUCUCUAAAACAGAUUAUUCAGGCACGGUGAAUGACGGCAUCCCUUGUUCCCAUGGCGACUACCCUUGCCGGUUUACUGAGCGGUCGACGCGGUCCCAGCGGGUGGUCCCGCACCGUGUGUUUGGACCCGCCUGCUUGCUGCAGAAAGCCCAGAUGGGAGUCCUACGGCUUUUGCCGCGAUGUUUGGCUGCAGCCCACGCCGUCCUGGGGCUCCACCCCUUUCCCCGCCUUGAUGUUCUCAUCGUUCCGGCGGGGUUCUCCAGUCUGGGCAUGGCCAGCCCCCAUAUCACGUUCCUGUCCCAGAGCGUGCUGUGCGGUCUCGGUUCUGGAGAGAACGACCCGAGUCUGUGCGGGUCCAGGAUCUGCCACGAGAUCGCCCACUCCUGGUUCGGCCUGGUGAUCGGAGCCAGAGACUGGACCGAAGAAUGGAUCAGCGAGGGCUUCGCCACCUACCUGGAGGACAUUAUCUGGGCCCAAGCACAACAACUCUCCGCACAAGAGGCAGCGGAGCAGUCUGACCUGAAGGCUCUGCUGAGGUGGAGACGACUCUCUGAUGAGUUGCAGAACUCAGAGGAGGCACUUCAAAUCCUCAGGCCGAACGCGGAGAACACCGGUCAGCUCGCUGCGUCCGCCGGCCCCUCGGCGGUGAAACACGCCCUCAACCCGGACAAACCCUUCAUGCAAGUCCACUACCUCAAGGGUUACUUCCUCCUCCGGUUCUUGGCCAGUCAAGUGGGAGAGACGCAAUUCAUGGACUUCUUGCGCGUGUUUGUGAAGAAAUACCACGGGCAGCUCAUUCUGUCUCAGGAUUUCCUGCGAAUGCUGCUGAUUACCUUCCCCGACAUGGAGAGAAAAGGCCUCACCCUCAGCGCUAUUUAUGCUGACUGGCUCGAUCGACCGGGAAUUCCAAAGUCCCUUUCUCUCUCUCUCCAGGGUUCGUACGGUCAUGGAAAACCUGGAAAAGUCAUGGAAUUUUAAAAUGGUCAUUUCCAGGCCUGGAAAAGUCAUGGGAAAAAAACUUAAAUCAUAAAAGUUUUGGAAAAGUCAUGGAAAUUUGUUAUGAUCACAUGUUCAUUUACGCGGAGUUUAAAAUAAUUAAUAUGUUUUUUAAUGAAAGACGCUCAAAAUAUAAGCCGGCGUACGCUCUCAAUACGCAAAAUGUUCUACAUUUUUCAUGUUUUUAACCGAGAUUUCAGUUUGGCCAUGGACAUUUGGUUUAAAGUCAUGGAAAAGUCCUGGAAAUCCAUCGGUCAAAAUGUGUAAGAACCCUGACUCGCUGUUGGACGACAGGCACGACAUGCGUCUCACUAUUUACGAGCUGUGAAUCGCUGUGUAACGACGCUCUCAUAAUGGCAAUUACGUAGCUUUCAGUGCAUAAAUACUCCAGCUUCGAUGACACGUGACCACGAGCCGGCAGGCGUUUUGAAACCGCUCGACGAUGACGACGCGUUUUUUUUGUUCCUCUUCGAAUUGGCUCGGCAAAAGAUAUCACGGUGACGUGGUGCUGAUGAACCGUCGGGCAGUUCGUCGUAUCGCCGUUGGAUCGUUACCGUCCCCGUUGUUACCCGACUGUGACUGUAUCCUGACAGGCGGAGCAGCGCCGCUGUAAUUGAGAAAGGCCCGCGGUCAUAGAUACCCCCUCCCCACACACACACACACACACACACAUGCUCACACAAUCAAUCCACUCCAACAGCUUCUUCAAUUCUCCCAUCUCCAUGGUAACUGAUCUUAAUUACCGCCGUGUGAAUGUGCAUUUUUGUGCGUCUGGGAAUAUUCACCGAGUAGAUCAUGGGAUGGUGUAACGGGAGCCUUUCGGGGGCCUCGGCGGGUGGGACGAACAGCUCGCGGGGGGUGGGGGGGCACCCUUCUCUCGCACCUGAUUGGUUGACGGCUCGCGCGUUCUUGCCGAAGCUUUCCUUGUGUUUGAUGUGCCAGUCACCAGCUAAUAAGAUCAGUGAGAUCGAUUGAAACCUUUUACAGAUGCAAGUGCUCGUGCAUUAUGGACACAAACGCAUUUUAAAAGUCUCUCUCUCUCUCUCUCUCUCGCCUCCUUUCCAUCGCUGGACAAUGUGCUUGAAUUGGAGAAAGGCAGGAAAUGGUUUGGCCGAAUAAUAAACAAUGACAUUCACUAUAAGAGAAGUGAGAUGGGAUGGCUUUUUGUGGCCUUUUUGGUCUCGGUCCACGAAGAUAUCUUUCGUCGAUUCGUCCUUUUUCACGCCGAGCGACUUAUCUCCAAGAAACUCGUGAGCACGUCUUCGGCGAACGCCGGAUUCAAAGUGGCGCUUUUGUGCGAUUCCUCGUGGAGAAAAAAGCCGUUCUGCAGAUCUGACGAAUGAAUCCGCCCAUCGAGGACAGCCCAAACCUUUUGAAUGUGCAUCGACUCGGCAUUAAAGGAUCAUUCAAACUAAAUCCUGAAAGCUAUCGCUGAAUUCUCUUUCAAACUUUCGAUCGGAUUGUUCGACUUCGUGUUUUUGUUGAAUUUGUAUUCAGGGAAGUUCAUCUCUUUCUGUUUCUGCACCAUGAAACAGCUUUUUAGAUGAAGAUUCUGGUAUGAGUAGCACAGCUGGUACAUUUACUGUCUGGCAUUGUUUUCUUUUGUUUCAUAUAAAACUUAUAUAUUGAUAUUACGUCUAUUAUAUUUAUAAUUUGAAGAAUAGCCAUAAAUAAUUCAACUCAAAACACUCACCAAACUGUGUAUUGAUCUCAGGAAGAUAUCGGGCCGACUUCUCAUGCAUGUUUAUGAGCGCGAGGUGUAACUUCUGAACACGCAGGCCGAUAUUGAUUCACUAGAGAGACGCUACACA